GACCAUUAUUGUGUUAAUUAAUUAAUGGAUGUUGCACUCCACACAUGCUUUUCAAGAGUUAGAGAAAUGUGACAACUGUUUUUUCAGAUCAGCCUCUUCAAGAACAAACCAGAAAAACAAAGACAAACGUACUACUAAUUUUAUAGCAGUAGUAAAAAUCAGGCUUUCCACUUUCUUUUUUCUUCUUCUUUUUUGACUUUGCACCUAAAAAGGUCCUUACAUUCCCCUUUUCAAGUACUUAAAAGGCUAUUUUUUAUUCCAAUCUUACCAAUUAUUUGAUAAAGACUCAAUUUUUAUAUCAUUUCUUGGGUACCCAAAAAGCCAUUUCGAUUCCAAUCUCAACAUUAUUGGAUAACGACUCAAUUUUUGCUGUUAAAUUCUCAUUUCUUGAGUACCCAAAAGGCCAUUUUGGUUUAUAAAGACUCAAUUUUUGCUGUUUGAAUGUCAUUUUUGAGUAUCCAUAAGGCCAUUUUUUAUUGCAAUCUCACCAUUAUUUGAUAAACACCCAAUUUUUGUGGUUUAAAUUCUCAUUUCUUGAGUACCUUUUGGUUUCAAUCUUACCAAUAUUGUAUAAAGAAUCAAUUUUUACUGUUUAAUUGUCAUUUCUUGAGUACCCAAAAGGCCAUUUUUGAUUCAAAUCUUACCAAUAUUGGAUAAAGACUCAAUCUUUGCUGUUUAAAUGUCAUUUCUUGAGUACCUAAAUGGCUAUUGGUCUAAAUCCUUACCUUCUUUGAUAAAGAAGUAAUAUUUCUGUGUAAAUUUUUUGUCGGUAUGGCAAUUUAUCUGCAAAUGGGGUAGCAGAAGAUCCAAAAAUGUGCAGUAAUUGAAUGAAUUCUUGUUGAACAAAAAUUAGUGCAAUGGAGUCAAGAAUGGAUCAGUAUGAGAUCAUGGAACAGAUUGGUCGUGGAGCAUUUGGUGCAGCAAUUCUAGUACAUCAUAAGCAGGAGAGAAAGAAGUAUGUGUUAAAGAAGAUUCGUUUGGCUAGACAGACAGAGAGAUGUAGGAGAUCUGCUCAUCAAGAGAUGGCGUUGAUUGCACGGAUUCAACACCCAUUUAUUGUUGAGUUCAAGGAAGCAUGGGUAGAGAAGGGUUGCUAUGUUUGCAUUGUUACUGGCUACUGCGAAGGUGGCGAUAUGGCUGAACUGAUGAAGAAAGCAAAUGGACAAUAUUUUCCAGAAGAGAAACUUCUGAAGUGGUUCACUCAACUACUGCUGGCGGUAGAAUAUCUGCAUUCAAAUUAUGUGCUGCACCGUGACCUUAAAUGCUCAAAUAUCUUUCUAACCAAGGAACAAGAUGUUCGCCUUGGGGAUUUUGGGCUUGCAAAAACAUUGAAGGCAGAUGACUUGGCUUCUUCUGUAGUUGGAACGCCCAAUUACAUGUGCCCGGAACUUCUCGCAGAUAUUCCUUAUGGUUUCAAGUCAGAUAUUUGGUCCCUAGGCUGCUGUAUGUAUGAAAUGGCUGCUUAUCGACCUGCAUUUAAAGCAUUUGACAUGGCGGGGUUGAUAAGCAAGAUUAACAGAUCAUCUAUUGGGCCUCUUCCAUCUUGUUAUUCUCCAUCCUUGAAAACACUUAUUAAAGGCAUGCUAAGAAAGAAUCCUGAGCAUCGUCCUAGUGCUUCCGAGAUCCUGAAGCACCCAUAUUUGCGUCCAUAUCUUGAGCAAUACCGACCAUCCUUUAUUACUCAUGUUGCAAGCUAUCCCGAAAAACCUCUCAGUACUGGCCGCGACUCAAGAAAGCAUAUGGCAGAAAGCCAAAGUAGUACCAGUUCUUGUAGUGAUAAAGAUAGUUUGAAGUCAAAGGAGAAAAACAUCCAAAGCAGGGAUUAUAGGGGCACUGAUGUAGAUGUUGCAUUUGUUGAUGAUGAUAUUGACUUUAGGCAACUUCAUUCCUUUGACGAAAAUCAUGAAGAUGAUACCUUUCCUGAAGACACAGAUGACUUUGAAUCUAAGAACAUUAUUGAUGACGAGAGGAAAUGUGACGCAGAAGCUAAGCGACCUAGAGCAAUAAAAAAUAUUAUGUUGGCUGUGAAAGAAGAAAAAAUGAGAGAGCAUAGUUCCCCAAUGAGAGGCAACCGAGCGAAGGUUGGUGCACAGAAAGCUAACAUUGAAGCAUUACCAAAGGUCCCAAAACCAAGUUCAGUUGCUCCUUCUAAACCCGAUGCAGAGAUUCCAUCUCCCGGAUCAACAAAGGCUUCAAGGAAUCACGGAAUGCAUGCUUUGAAGCAUCAGAUGCCUGUCAUAGAGUCCAGUCCCAGGACUAAACCUAGACGUGAGGGUAUCCCCUCGUCUGGUCCUUCAAAGUAUGUUGCUGAAGAUGGAUUUCCUGCAAAGCCAAGAUUGCGAACACCUCCUAACUUUACUAGACGACCAUCAUUCCCCAGAAGGAUGAAGCAAGAGGAGCAUGAUGCCUCAAAUACUCCUAACAAUAAUGUUAAGUCUGGUCACAGUGACAAUUCUCCAUGUCUUGAAAGGGUUCCUGAUUCUACUCCUGAUGGCUGCCAUACACAUGCUACAAAGAAUUGUGUACAACAUUCUCGAAGAGUUUCAUUUGGAGCUUCAAAAGAAACACAAGCAGAAAGUAGCGUUUCUGCUUCUUCUUCUGUAUCAAUUCAAGGAUUUGAACUUUGUGACGAUGCAACAACUCCUUUUAUAAAUUUGACAGAGCAGAUGCUCCAAGGUCAUGAAAGAGCUACUGAGACUGAAACCACAAGAUCAAGGCCCUCCUGGUCAACCACUAACUCGUCUCACUCGGAGAUUGCUUUUAGUAUAGAGGAAACCCAUGAUAAUAAGAAUUCUGAGCCAAGCUCCAUCAGAAAGUAUGACGAGCAGCACAUUGUGGAUGUUGGUGCUUGCAAUGAGAAAUCAAAUUCAACUGUGGCCACUGGCAGUGCCCUCCCUUGCUCCAAGGAAAUGGCGGUCUUUGAAGAUCAGUCUACAACUUGCAGACUUGAUGUUAUGACUGAUCAUUUGCCUCUAUCAGACCCCACUUCAACAUCAUCAGGGGACGAUAAGUUUAUGGUGAAGUUAUCCUCAACAACAGAAAUUGCCUCUCCCAUUGCUCCUCCCGCUUCAUUUAGCCAAACUAGUCUGCCACACUCAGACAUCACUUCAAAAUCCGAUGAUGAUGACAAGUUUAUUACAAUGGAGCUCUUGUGCACUCCCACUGAAAGUACUACUCCUUCACUCCCUACUUUGUCACCUGCUCUAAAUAAUCUAUUGUCAGAGAAGGGAAUUGCUCCAAAAACAGCUCCAUCUCAGCUUACACCAGCUUCUGAUGACGUCAUACAUGUCAUACGACAUAGUAGUUUCCGAGUGGGUAGUGAGCAGCCUGUGAUGGACACAGUGGAGAGAAAUGUUGACGUUGGGAAAUUGAUAAAUGUGGUAAGGGAUGAAGUUGUUAAUGACAGUGUAGGUGCUGUGGGGGCUCCAAGUGCUGCUACUUCUCCUGGACCAGUGAUUCUUAAAUCCAAUAUCCUUGAUGGUGUCCAUAAUAAGAAGAUUGAUGUAAGAAACCACAGCAGUCCUACUUCUUCAGUACAACGAUUAGGUUCUCCAGAACCGGCUGCAGAGGAGGAAAGGACAAUAAAGGAAACGUUGGAUGUCAAGUCUUUUAGACAGAGAGCAGAUGCACUUGAAGGUCUACUAGAAUUAUCUGCUGACUUGCUGGAGCAAGACAGAUUAGAAGAGCUUGCUGUUGUUCUAAAACCAUUCGGAAAGAACAAGGUCUCACCGAGGGAGACAGCUAUCUGGUUGGCCAAGAGUAUGAAAGGAAUGAUGCUUGAAGAUUCUGCACGAAAUUCAUGAUCCACUAUGCAGAUUUGUAUUUGCAAGUACUUGUUUUAUAGUGUUGCUCACUCACUUGUUCAUCUUUUUCAUUUUUUUUCGUCGUUCAACUUCCUAUUGAAUUCAGGAAGAGAAGCAGUUAAAAGAGGUGCUUAACUUCCUAUUUCACAUUAGUGUGUAUGUAAUUCAUUUACUUUAGUAAUUGUAAAUAGAUGAAUAGAAACUUGAAUAAAUCUUUGAUCUGCAAGUGUAAGGAUAUUUGAUGUUGUACACAAUUACAACUCUUGAGAAAUGCCAUAAUUCCUUCCCAACUUCCAUUA